ACCUAGCCCUGGGUCACGAGUGGGUAUCAUCCUCCUCCCAUCGUGGACAUCGAUGGCCAGUUGCAGCAAACGGCCAGUUCCGAAGGAUGAAGAUGAUACGGAAAACCAGCCAAUAUGGCUGAAUGGUGCACACAUGUCAGAGCUUUUCCAUCUGACAGAAAGACAUCUGGCAUCUUUUUUGAUGGAAGUCCCCGAUCGAGAGGACUUGCUGAUGGUCAUCAAGUGCCAUCUGAAUGGGAAGGCUAUCCGGGAGAAGAAUAUAUUGAGAAAGAAAUACUCUGAGCUCAUUGGUGUGUUGUUACAGCUAGCUGCGACAGGGGUACUAGUGCCACCAGAGUUUACUGCAAGAGUAAUGCAAGUCCGGCCUAGGAGUGAUGGGUUGCUUGCAGUAGGAGGUAGUCACAGCGAAACAACGCUUUUGCCAAGGAGAGGAGAACUGGGAAAGGAUUUCGAGCUGCCUUAUACGAGGACAAGCGCUGACCAGUUGGCAGCUGACUCUACCAAGCUCGGUGGAGUGGGUUCAGUGUUUCGCGAGGGUUGUGAGAACUGUGACACUGCUGUUCUCGCUAGACUGCAGAACAUAGCACUCCAUCCAAUCCUGAGAGGCACUUGUCUGAAGGAUGGCAUACAAGUGAAACCGCCUCCUGAGGAGCCAAGAGUUCAAAGGAAUGCAGCCCAGAUGUUGCUAGAGAGUUCCACGUGGAAGCGCGGUGAACGAGAUAGCAUUGGUUGCGCCUUAGAUGGGAGCUCAGCAGAACAGGGUAGGACUAAUCUUUGCAGCGAGGCUUGGCUUGCUAGUGAGCGUUAUGUCAGCUCUGAUUUAUGCAUAAAGGUGGAUUGCAGUCUUAUGAAUGACCCUUUGUUGAAGGAAUUGCGUGAGACUGAUAAGGGGAAGCAGAAGGCAUUGUGGAAGCAAUCGAAAGGCAUCAUUCAUGUCUGCGACCUUGACAAGCACGCAUGGCUUCAGUGUCGCAGGACUUUUAGAAAGAGACCUCGGAAGAACCGCUUCACAGCAAAGUGGAAACCUCCAUUUCAGCACGAAGACCAAAGCAACGAACAGAAUGUGGGAACCUGUUCUCUUGAAGUAAAUCACAUAUCUAAGAAAGCAGGGAACCAACCUGCGAAGGAGACUUUACUUCAGAGAGAUACAGGGAAGAAACCAAGGAAAGGUAUUCUUAAGAAGAGUUCAGCGAGUGAUGAGCAUUCUCAAAAUGCGAGUUGUGAAACCGGUUCCCUAAUGCACAGUUUGUCAGCGACCGCACAGAGUCAUGUGCAACGGUUGGGUGAGAGCAAACACCAGAAGCAUGGCAAGUUGUCGGUGAGGUGGAGCCUGCCUGGCUCUCCUGCACCAGGUCAGAAGGGAUCAUGGACAGGUUUGGAGGUUGCACAGAUUUCUCUCAGAGAAAAUGAAACCACUACGGUGAAAUCGGUGGAAACAAAAGCCAGGAAGAGGCGUGCGUUGUCUGAACUAAGUGCACACCGCGCGAACUCGGUGGCAACAAAACUCGUUCUGUCAUUCAUUAAAAAGCUACUUGGCGGGCCAGUGCAAGGACCUGAGUCAAAAAUGGAUAAUGAUGCCAACACCACAAGCUCCAAUCCACCGUCCCCGCUUACUGGGGGUCCCACAAGCAGUGAUGGACCCAGCAGGCGGCGUGGUCGACGAAGCCUGACACCUUUUUCCGGGGAGGAGGCAGAAGUGGAUGACAGAGCUAUUUUGGAUGAUGAACCAGAAGAUGAGGAAGAUGAAGAAGGGGAAGACUUGAUGGAGAAUAUGAUGGAGUGUAAACUCACCUUGCCACACGAAGAAGUGCUUGUGGCUGCUUCCUACCUAGAGGGUAGUGCAGCAAGAUGGUUGAGUGGGUUAGUGCAACUCCAGGGGUACGGUCAUGACUUCCGCUCUUGGGCAGCCUCUCAGAAAUUGGAGGACUUCCUGAAAAUGGUGGAAGAGAGGUGGCAUGAUCCUCAGGAGGCUCAAAAGGCCACUGAUGCGAUCCUGACACUGCACACGCGGCAGUUUAAGUCAGUAAUGGAUGCCACCAACACUGUAGAGCGUUUGAUUUGUGUUCCAGGGGUACGCUACGACCCCCAGCAAAAUCCGGAGGAGGGUAUGUAUCUGGUUUACGUCUCUGCUGCAGGCGAGCUGGUAAAAAUGCCGCCAGAGAUAGAGGGAGUAGUUGCCAAGUACCCGUAUCUAUUUGAGGAGCCUACAGGGGUUGUUGAGAAGGAGGUCGUCCACGCGAUAGAGAUUAUCCCAGGGUCUAGUAUUCCGAAGGGUAGGAUCUAUCGGAUGUCUCAAGGCGAGCUUGAUGAGCUUCGCCGCCAACUCAAGGAACUCAUAGAGAAGGGUUGGAUCCAGCCGAUUGUCUCUCCUUACGGAUUUCCAGUACUGUUCGUACCUAAGAAGAAGGAGGGCACUCUCAAGAUGUGCAUUGACUAUAGGGGCCUCAAUGCCAUCACUGUGAAGAACAGAGAGCCCCUACCGCGCAUCGAUGAUCUGUUAGAUAGAGUGCAAGGGUGUCGGUACUUCAGUAAAAUAGAUCUGAAGUCCGGGUACCAUCAGAUUGCAAUCCGGCCCGAGGAUCAACACAAAAUCGCAUUUCAGACCAGGUACGGAUUGUACGAGUUUGUGGUGAUGCCUUUUGGCCUUCGCAAUGCUCCUGGCACCUUUCAGCACGCUAUGAAUCGGAUAUUCCAUGACUAUUUGGAUAAGUUUGUCGUCGUGUACCUCGAUGACAUACUUAUUUUUAGUAAGACUGUCGAGGAGCACGUAGCACACUUAGACAAAGUUCUCAGUCUCCUGCGACAACACAAGUUCAAGAUCAACGGUGAAAAGUGCGAGUUUGGCCGCACCCGUAUCUUGUACUUGGGUCAUGAGAUCUCCGCGGAAGGGUUGAAGCCCGAUGACGCGAAGGUGGCCAGCAUUCGUGAUUGGCCACGACCUCAGUCUGUGACUGAGAUGAGAUCUUUCUUAGGAAUGACAGGCUACUAYCGGACUUUUGUAAAGAACUAUAGCAUUGUGGCCGCUCCUUUGACUGAUCUGACCCGCCUUGACACCCCGUGGGAGUGGACAGAUGAGUGCGAGGCUGCUUUCAGACAUCUGAAGCAUGCAUUGACGCACUAUGAAGUCUUGCAGCUACCCGAUCCUGAUAAGCCAUUUAUAGUAACCACGGAUGCUAGCCAAUAUGGCAUUGGCGCCGUGCUUGCGCAGCAGGAGGGGCCAAAGUUGAGGCCAGUUGAGUACAUGUCUAAGAAAAUGCCGUCUCAGAAGUUGGCUAAGUCCACUUAUGAGAAGGAACUCUAUGCGGUGUAUAAGGCUCUCACCCAUUGGAGACACUAUCUCGUUGGGAGGUUCUUCAUCCUUAGAACUGAUCAUCAGACCCUGAAAUGGAUGAGAACCCAGCCGGUACUCUCUGACGCUCUCAAGCGUUGGAUCGAAGUCAUUGAGCAAUAUGACUUUGACCCUCAGUAUCUGAAAGGGGAGUAUAACAAGGUUGCUGACGCCCUGUCGCGCAGACCAGACUUCUCAGGUGCGCUGAUUACUGAGUUCAGUCUCACGGACAAUGUUACUCAAUCCUUGGUGGAAGCCUAUCGCGAGGACCAGUUUAUGGCUGAGAUCAUACGCAGACUUGAGGCGAAGGACAAGAAGACGUCUGCCAAGUUUGAGUUGGUUAAUGGCUUGCUGUUCCUUGAGAAUGCAGGGAAUAAACGAUUGUAUGGUGAUGAAGAUGAGGAGCGGGCCAGGCCUAGACGACGGGCACGGGCGGAGCCAAGUGGACCGAGCUCUCAGGCAGAGGACGACGGAGGGGAGGAUGAUGGAGACAUAGAGUCUGAGGAUUACUCAGAGCCCAGGGGAGAUCUUCGGGAGUGGGUGGCUACCGAGAACGUGCGAAGAUGGAUUGCCCGUAAGUUCCGCCAUUUCUUAAUGUCGCAUACUGACAAGAAUGGUGAACUUGACUACAAGCAGCGCGUGGAUAACAUGUGCAUGGAGAACAGGCAGAGCCUGGAGGUGGACUAUAUGGACUUAAUGCAUACAUACCCAGUACUUGCUGUCUGGUUGGCGGAUGCAUCACAGCCUAUGCUUGAAGUGAUGGAAGAGGUUGCCAAGGAGGUGGUAUUUAAAUACCAUCCCAACUAUGAGGAAGUGCAUAAUCAGAUCUAUGUACGAAUAACAGGCCUGCCUGUGGAGGACAAGAUCCGAGACAUAAGGCAGCUCCACUUGAACACGCUGAUCAAAAUUUCUGGUGUGGUCACAAGGCGCACAGGGGUCUUCCCUCAGUUGCAGCAAGUCAAGUACGAUUGUGCAAAGUGUGGCUUUGUCAUGGGACCCUAUUUCCAGAACACGUCCUCUGAAGUGCGCGUUGGAAUGUGCCCAGAAUGUCAGAGCAGAGGCCCUUUCUCUGUUAAUGUGGAGCAGACUGUUUACAGAAACUAUCAGAAGCUUACGCUGCAGGAGAGCCCUGGAACUGUCCCUGCUGGCCGGCUGCCUCGAUACAAGGAAAUCAUCUUGCUACAUGAUCUUAUUGAUUACAGGUGCGAGGCUGCGUUCAGACAUCUGAAGCAUGUGUUAACGCAUAAUGAGGUCUUGAAACUUCCUGAUCCUGACAAGCCGUUCAUAGUAACCACGGAUGCCAACCAAUAUGGCAUUGGUGCGGUGCUAGCGCAGCAGGAGGGGCCAAAGCUGAGGCCAGUUGAGUACAUGUCCAAAAGUAUGUCGUCUCAGAAGUUGGCUAAGCCCACUUAUGAGAAAGAGCUCUACGCAAUUUACAAGGCACUGACCCAUUUGAGACAUUACCUCCUUGGGAGAUUUAGAAGUCGAAUACUUUUGACCGGUCUGAUUGCAGAUAAUAAUAAACUCAACUAUGCUCCGUUGCUUCUGUUGCAGAUUAUAAAAUCGAUAGCGCCAUCCAUCUACGGUCAUGAGAACAUCAAAACUGCAAUUGCCUUGGCAAUGCUUGGCGGGCAAGAGAAAAACGUCAACAAGAAGCAUCGGCUACGAGGGGACAUCAAUGUUCUUCUCCUUGGAGAUCCUGGGACCGCAAAGUCGCAGUUUCUGAAAUAUGUGGAGAAGACAGCUCAGCGAGUUGUGUACACAACUGGCAAGGGAGCUUCUGCGGUGGGUUUGACGGCAGCUGUUCAUCGCGACCCAGUCACACAUGAAUGGACACUUGAAGGAGGGGCUCUUGUGCUUGCGGAUAAAGGUGUCUGUCUCAUUGAUGAGUUCGACAAAAUGAACGAUCAAGACAGAGUGAGUAUACAUGAAGCUAUGGAGCAACAAAGUAUUUCCAUUUCGAAGGCCGGUAUUGUGACAUCGCUUCAAGCAAGGUGUUCAGUCAUUGCAGCUGCAAAUCCUAUUGGUGGACGAUAUGAUUCAAGCAAAACAUUCGGCCAGAACGUGGAGCUUACGGAGCCCAUUUUGUCCAGAUUUGAUUGCCUCCUUGUUAUCAAGGAUGUGGUGGAUCCAGUAACAGAUGAAAUGCUUGCGAAGUUUGUCGUAGAGAGUCACUCCAAAAGCCAUCCAAAUAGCAGGGAAAGGGAGGAAGAGGAGCCAGAGGAACAACAACGACAGGAAGAUAUGCUUUCGCAAGAACUCCUUCGCAAGUACAUUGUUUAUGCACGGACUCAGGUCUUCCCUAAGCUGCACAACUCAGACAUGGACAAAAUUGCACGUGUUUAUGCCGAUCUCAGAAGGGAGUCCAUGCAGCUGGCAAAAUAGAUCAGAACGUCUAGAAUUAAUAAAAAGCUAAGCAACUC